AUGGGCUCAAAAAAAGAAGAGAAGGUUCUUAUCGAUGACCUUUUGCUUCCAAAGUCUAUCAUUUCUCGAAUUGUCAAAGGUGUCUUACCGCCAAAAACAAUGGUUCAAAGGGAUGCACUCAAGUCGAUGUCCGACUCUGCAACUGUUUUUAUUAACUAUUUAGCUUCAGCGGCAAAUGAAAAGGCGCUGUCGAAUUCUAGAAAAAUUGUGUCACCGCAAGAUGUUUUGUCAGCUUUGGAUGAUGUUGAGUUUGGGGAAUUUCGUGAAGAACUCAAUGAACAUUUCCACGCAUAUGAGGCUCUUUUGAAGGAGAAAAAAAUUAAAAGCAGUGUCAUUUCUGAAGCCAUUGAUACUGAUGAAGUUCAUGUGGGAAAGAAAGCUCGAAUUGACAGUUUUCUGCAAGUAAAGGAAGUUACAAAUAAAGUUGAAGAGAUACCUCAACCAGAAGUUAUUGAGGCUCGCGAAACCAUUGAAGAAUCACUGGCGCAGGCGUAUGUCGACGAGACAAUUACUUCAGAUGUUGAGGAGUCCGAUGAAGCAAAUGAAAAGAAAGAUGAAGUUUCAAAUCGAAAAUCAGAUACUAUUCUUUUAGCUACUGCAGACGGUGAACCGGUAGUUUCAGAAACGGAAGACGAAAGCGGUGCAGACUUGAGCGAUCAGAAUUAGUGAGCUUCUAUUAUUACCAUCAUUCAUUUUAUAAUGUCAGAAUUGCUGCUACUAGUUCUUUUCAUUGUACAUUUUAAUAAUUCAAGCUACAAAUAAAAUAGGCAGUCAACCGAGUA